AUGCGAAAACCGACAAAACUCCGUGAAUUUAUCGCAAACGGCGAAUCCGUCGAGUUGCCGCGGGGUGGCGUGCUCUUCGCAGCAGUGUUGUGGGUAUUCCUGGCACUUGCCAUCCCCGUCGCCGACGCCGCUGUUGCGUCGCCGCAGUGUGCGUGGAUAUACAGCGCCACGGAGGGCGAGACUGUCACAAGUGUGCUGCAACGCCAGUGGGAUCGUGGGGCGUGCGCCGGCAGAUACGUGACGCUGACGGAGGUGGCCCCCGCACUGCCGGGUUUUGCCGUUCCGAACGCCCACCUUCUCGUCGUGCAGUACACACCCGCCAUCACCGGCCUGAGUGAGGGAGAGGUGCGCUACGUCUCGCAGCAGGUGCACGUCGUGUGUGACGUGUUCACACAGCUUUGCGAAAGGGCCUCCGUGCACUACGUUGUGCAUGGGAUACAAAAAGUGGGCCCCGCGAACGACACGACGACGACGACGACGACGACGACGGAAGCGCCUUCCCCAAAGCCGGAGGAAAAUACAACAACGACAACGACAACGACAACGACAACAACUGCGGCACCAGCUCCAGUUGUUGUCUCGUGUCCCCCUGGUGGUGUCCUUCCUGCGGUAAGGACGAACGUAACGGUCCCCGCAAGCCUGGAGCCACUUAGUUACGUGGACAAGUGUGCCGCCCCGCGCCGGAUUGCCAUAAGCAACGUGAGUGAGGCAGCGAAUAAAUUAUUCCACAUUGAAAAAGAUUCCAUUCUCUGGUUUGAUCGUAACGGUGAAAACCAAGCGGAGGGUGUCUUCACCGCCAACCUUACCGUCUACUGUAAUGAGGUGGCUUCUUGUUUUAAUGUUCAGGCGACGUUUGUUGUUGUGAAGCCCCUUCCCACUCCGCCUGAGAAUCCACCAAACUGCAGCCGUACUUACGGCUUCCACGUGGGUUUCGCGCAGAAAGCCUCGCUUACGCUUACACCACACAGUGAGGAUGCAUGCCCAGCCAGCCAAAAGCCCGUCUUCACCCUUGUAUCGCCGCCGAAGUAUAAUGCAGAGGCGUUUCGACUGGAUACGGACACAGGCGCGUUUAAUUACGCUGCCCCGAAUGGGCCACGGGUGACUUCCGACGCCUUUGAGUUUCUCAUUAGUUGCGCGGCAAAUACUGGUGGCACCAGACACCCACUAUGCACGGGGCGUGCCAGUAUUCUUGUAACGUCGCCACCGCCGACGCCGCCGCCAACCCCUCCAGCCGAAGAGGUGGAGUGCCCGGGAAACUUUGUGUUUGACUAUGAAGUAGACAGUGAAAGCAAAACUGUGCCGGACACUUACAAACUUUUUCUGCAAGCAGGACACGGUGAGAACGUUUCCUUCUGCCCCAGUAAUAUUUACACCCAAGCAGAGCUGCGAACGAAGGCCAAGACUGGAACGGUGGUUGAUUUUAGCAACACAACAGGCAUUUUUCAAUAUGUGCCGUCCAGCAACUCCGUUGACCAUUUUGACUUUGCUCUAACGUGUGGUACAGGACGCGUAUGUCAUGGAACCGCCACAAUGCAGCCUCGUGAAAGUCCCGCGCCGUCGCCGGAAUAUCCCUCGACGGUGUAUGAUCUUGGAAAGAUUGUUUGCAGGGGCACCUGUGACGCUUCUGCGUGGCGCUCCUCGCCACGUUAUCCGGGUCUUUUUGAUGUCACGGAUGGGCCGCAGGGAGGACGCAGCCAUGUGACGCCCCGCCACGAUGGUAGGUCGCCGGAUGAUAUGGACUUUGAGAUUCGUAUGGAGGGGAACGCGUUGUUGCUGCGGGCGUACACGAUUAUUGGUAAUAUGGCCGCCCGGUUUGUGACAUUCACGCCCGUGGGAAGCCCGAAGAGCGCAUUCUUGACAUCGGCCUACGUGCCCAAAGGUGCACAUUCCUCCUUCAAUGCAACGUGCCUUGACCAGCAGGCAAAAACCGGACUCGCCUCGGCCAUCUGGACCUGGGACGAGGCUUCGGAGGCGGAGGGAGGGGCCGCUCUGCGUGGGCGGCUGAAUACAGUAACUGACGCGUACAGGAGCGGCGAGAAUUACUUCCAAAAGUUUGGUGGAAAGCACCGAGACUGUGACGUGUUCCGUCGAGAUCCGUGCAAGUAUGCCCCGAUGCUCACGCCUGCUUCGACUACGGAUGCCUCUAUAGCCAGCGAUGCGAACCCUGAGCAUGUCAUUGACUGGACGCUGUACGUGAAUGAUUGUGAUGCCACAUGGGUGGGAAAUGUUUCACUUAACCACCUUCGCACGCUACGUGGCAGUGCCAGCAACGAACUCCUUUUUAAGGCAGUGAAUAAAAGUUUGUUGGUGGGCACUAUUUACACGCAGGUGGUUAAACCCGCGAGUUGGGUGCCACCAUACAACGGUAUUUUGUCCCUGCAACGAGCGUACACGGUACGAAUUUCGAUAGACGACUCUGUUGGCGCUGACGUGGAGGUGUCUCAGGUGAAGCCUUCACCGACGGUGCAAACCGACGCGGCAACGGAGACGAAUAAUGUGAAGGAGGUUCCACGGAUACAGUCAAAACUUUCAUCGGUGGCGGAGUUUUCAAAGAGCGAGAACAGUUUAUUCCAGGACUCCUUCAACGUCUCUGUUGAUGUGCGAUUUGCUGCUGCAAAAGACCCCAAGACGGGAGAGCGUUUGUACGGCUACGCCGUUCUGAUAUAUCCAUACCAAUUAAAUUACUCCCAUAUUAAGUACAGUGUGCCCAUGCUGGUCCACCUCAACGCCACUCAGCUGCGUGUGACGGAGGUUCAACUGCUGAAUGCCUCAUGGACGACCCCAAAUCUACAAGAUUGCCCCCAUUGCACCGGAAAAGCCGUAACAUGUGCUGGCACUGGGUCUGGCCUUAACCUUGAUUGUGAUCCCGUCAUCCGCUUUGAGCCGGCAGGAGAUGUCUCUCUCUUCCGACAGUGUGAGUUAGCCAGUGAACGCAAAGGUCAAUUUCUCAAUAUUUCCCUGAUUGCACGUGUGGUUGGAAGUAGGACGGCACUCUCCGCUACUGGGCAUCCUGAAGGUUCCUUCGCAUUGCGUUUACGGUUUGACAACUUUGAGACUAUCGUCGUCAAUGUUAAACAGCUUGCAUAUAUUACAAGCAUUAACACCAUCACACACCGUGCGCUGUGUCGUUCCUCGGCCUACUGGCCUGUCCCGGAUGUUCUUGGUGGUUCCGUCCCUGCUAAUCCGUUCAACAGCACUCAGUUGCUGCAUGACAUCCUUAGCCAACCGUUGGAUGAAAAGGAUAAGGCUAAAAAGAAGCCGUAUUACGGCGCUCCAAAAUCCUUACACAGUGACGCUUUUUGUGAGGCAAAUGCUAACCCACAUCGGCCGGCGCAUAUCUUUUUGAAUAGUACAACGACGACGGUAAACGACGACAGUGCUGAUGCUGCGGGCAAACCAGGGUCAUCGACUGUACAGCUGUCACUUUGCACGGUCCCAGAUGAACAACUGUACGGUGUAACAGACUGGGUAUAUGUGACUUUGCAUGAUAGGCUGAAGCCUCUAAACUCGUCAACGCUUGCAAAGAUGUCACUGGAAUAUCUCAUUCUUUCCGUAAAUGCGAAAGAUGUCUUGGGUGUGUUCCAAACCAACAGCAUCGACAGCGGCGUCGGGCAAUCAAAGUUGCACUUUGUACUUGAUGGGGCAUCUUUGCCGGAUAAAAUGAGCGGUGGGGAAUUGGGCGACGAGGCGGAACGUCAGCAGUGGAUGGGUGAGACGCCAAUGGGGAAUUCCACGGUGUAUUUGCGCUGGGAGAAGUACGCUGCCUACCUACACUACCGACGCAUUUACCUCCGUUCGUGCCCCUCAGACAAGCAAACAGGGGAAUGCGUGGAAGAGCCGUUUCACUUCGCAUUUGUGCCAGGGACACUUUUGUAUCGUGGCAGUCGCGUUCGCGUCGCGUUUCACCUGCACGCAGGCGUACGUUACACCUCCAGCGAUGCCGUUGGGGACUCGUGGGUGGAGGAGCACAUUGCCAGGAUUCCUGUCUCUGCGCAAAUUUCAUCAGAACUGCGGUUUGACCGUGACGUUUACACCCCACGCGUGGUUCCGCGGCAUGCUGGCGGACUAAGCAAAAAGUCGGCCAGAGUGCUCGUAGUGGUUUUCGUCUUGGCCAUCGUGGCUGUGCUGGCGGCUGCCAUCUUCAUCGAAAUGCACUACAAACGUGUUUUGCGUGUCGCGAAGCGUCGUCUGCGGCAGACUCCCGCCUGCAACGGAAAUGACGCUGCCGACAGAAGGACGUCGGAUCAGGUCCUUUCACCUCUGCGGGAUCAAAACGGGGAUUCGUGCCCCAAUAGCCUUGGGCUGGGCGCCGCGGCGUUUGGUGGGAGGCCGGCUAAGCAGCUGAAGCCCACGGAGUCGUCGGCAUCGGCCGGUAUCCGGACAAAGUACGGGGUGGUGCAGUUGGAACCAGCCCGCAUACAGGUAUCGGAGGAUGAGUUUGGUGGCUGA